AUGAAAGUUUCUGAGGAAACUGUUAGAGCUCUCUUCGCUGCCAUAGAUGAUCGACAAAAUGAAUUUGUAGCUAAUCUUAAAGAGGCCGUGGCCAUCCCAUCUGUUUCUGGUGACCCUAAUCGUCGUCAGGAUUGUGUGAAUAUGAAGCUGGAAGAUGUCAAAGUUUCGGUGCAAGUUAUCGAAGCUGGUAAGCAGAAACUUCAUGAUGGCAGAGUGAUCGACUUGCCUCCGAUCCUCUUUGGUGUGUUAGGUACCGACCCAAAAAAGAAGACUCUCCUCAUCUAUGGUCAUCUGGAUGUCCAGCCUGCUGCCAAGGAACUGACGCGAGGUGACGAGAUGUUCGGUCAGGGACUUCUACUUGAUGACAAGGGUCCGGCUAUUGCUUGGAUUCACGCCAUCAGCGUUCUUCAGAAGAAAGGAGUUGAUAUUCCAGUCAAUUUAAAGUUUGUUUUUGAGUGCAUGGAAGAGUCUGGCUCUGAAGGUCUUGAGCAAGCUCUUCGCACCCACAAAGACAACUUCCUGAAGGGCGUUGAUAUGACGUGUAUCUCGGAUAAUUACUGGCUUGGGAAAAACAAACCUUGUCUCACAUAUGGUCUGAGGGGAGUGUGCUACUACUUCAUUGAAGUGAGAUGCGCUAAACAGGACCUUCAUUCCGGAACGUAUGGAGGCAGUAUUCCGGAAGCUAUGAACGAUUUGGUUUGGGUGAUGUCGCAACUGGCUGACGUAGAUGGAAGAAUCAAAGUCCCAGGCAUUUACGAUCUUGUUGCUCCGCUAACCGCAGCAGAGAAGAAGAUUUAUGAGACGAUUGACUUUUGUAUGGAUACUUUCCAGGCCGAUGUUAGUGCUUGCGGCCUGCUCAAGAAGGACAAAACUGAGAUCCUGAUGAACCGUUGGCGUAAUCCUUCAUUAUCGCUGCAUGGUAUUGAAGGAGCUUUUAGCUGUCCAGGAGCGAAAACUGUGAUCCCAAGCAAGGUCAUAGGAAAGUUUUCCAUUCGUAUCGUCCCUAACAUGACACCGGAAGCCGUCGAUAGGCUGGUCGUUACCUACCUGAAUGAUCUGUGGUCGAAGCGCAACUCUCCAAAUCAUUUCAAGUGUGCUAUAUUUACAUACUAUACCAUUUCAAUCAUCCUGGACAAAGUAAGAAGAAAAUUCAGUGCUUUCCCUCACCAUAGUGGCAUGCCUUGGGUAACAGAUGUCAAGCAUCAAAAUUUUGCUGCUGGUGCACGUGCUAUUAAGAGAGUGUUCGGUGUUGAUCCGGAUUACACUCGUGAAGGAGGAAGCAUUCCCAUCACUCUCGUUUUCCAGGAGCUCACGGGGUAA